AGUUUAGGACCCGGAGGCCCGGGCGGUACAAUAGAGCUGUUGUGCCGUGGUGGAAAAGAGAUUGCAGCUCUGGGAAAUUGACAGUGUGGAAUUGGAAAAGAACAACUAAAAGAUAUUCCUAUUUAUCUCAUACACAGCGACCCAGCUCGUCCAUAACUUUCCGAAAGACAGUGCUGCUCGUAAUCAACUCCAACAGCUCAUUUUGGAUCUACGGGAUGAGAGGAGGACAGAGCCAGCCCAUCAGAGGAACACACUAGCAUGCGCAUAGACCACAAAUUUAUGGAUACAAAAGGAUGAAACGCCUCAGGUGUUCAAGCAGCAGUGACAGCUCUGACAAUGAGAGUCCUUCAACCUCCUUUUCCUCCAACAAGUAUGGAAGCAAACCUGGAACCCCCGCUUCCAACCCUAAGAAACCGGCAGAGGUGUUCCGAAAAGACCUGAUCAGUGCCAUGAAGCUGCCGGACUCGCACCAUGUCACGCCGGAGGACUACUACCUGCUGGCCGACACAUGGAGGCAGGAAUGGGAGAAGGGGGUGCAGGUGCCCGCCAGCCCCGACACCAUCCCCCAGCCCUCCCUCAGGGCUAUUGCAGAGAGGUCAAAGGAGCUGCUCUACUCCCGACCCAGGAAGUACAUCCAGUGCUGGAGCCAGGACACCGCGGAGACGGGCUACGUGAACAUCAAGGAGCUGGCCGAAGCCAUGUGCCGCUACGACUUGGACGACAUGGACCUGUACUGGCUCAGGGAGCUGAACGCCGAGCUGGCUCUGAUGGGGGAGAUGCCCGUGGAUGAGCUGACAAUGGAGCGCACCAUGGAGGCCCUUGAGAGGCAAUGCCACGAGAACAUGAACUACGCCAUCGAGACGGAGGAGGGCCUGGGCAUCGAGUACGACGAGGACGUGAUCUGCGACGUGUGUCGCUCCCCCGACAGCGAGGAGGGGAAUGACAUGGUGUUCUGUGACAAGUGCAACAUCUGCGUACACCAGGCCUGCUACGGGAUUGUGAAAGUCCCUGAUGGGAACUGGCUGUGUAGGACCUGCGUACUCGGCAUCAACCCCCAGUGCCUACUGUGCCCCAAGAAGGGCGGUGCCAUGAAGGCCACGCGAGCAGGAACCAAGUGGGCACAUGUUAGCUGCGCGCUCUGGAUCCCAGAGGUGAGCAUCGCUUGUCCGGAAAGGAUGGAGCCCAUCACCAAAGUCUCUCACAUUCCUCCCAGUCGCUGGUCCCUUAUAUGCAGCCUGUGUAAGCUGAAAACCGGAGCCUGCAUACAGUGCUCAGUGAAGAACUGCACCAUUCCUUUCCACGUGACCUGUGCCUUCGAGCACAGCCUGGAGAUGAAGACCAUCCUGGACGAGGGCGACGAGGUCAAGUUCAAGUCCUACUGCCUGAAGCACAGCAAGCCCAAAGACGGCGAGCCGGGCCUGAGCCCCAGUCCGAACCCUAGCCCGUGUCCGGCCCGGCCUAAGCCGCCCACCGAGACGGAGAAGGUGGGUCUGCGAGCCCAGAAGCUCCUGGAGCUGGAGGAGGAGUUCUACUCGAUGGUGCAGCCCGUUGAGCUGGCCCAGGAGCUGGGCCUAGCGCCGGCGCUGCUGGACUUCAUCUUCCAGUACUGGAAGCUGAAGCGGAAGAGCAGUUUCAACAAGCCGCUACUGCCCCCUAAGGAGGAGGAGGAGAACCAGCUCCUGCAGCCGCAGGAGGACAGCAUCCACACGCGCAUGCGCAUGUUCAUGCACCUGAGGCAGGACUUGGAGAGGGUGAGGAACCUGUGCUACAUGGUGAGUCGGCGGGAGAAGCUAAAGCUGUCCCAGAGCAAGUCCCAGGAGCAGAUUUUCAACCUGCACGUCAAGCUCAUCAACCAGGAGCUGUCUGCAGGCCUUCCAGUAUCCAUUCCAGUGGAGAGCUUGCUGUUCCGGCCUCCACCCCGAAUCACACUGAAGCUCAAGAUGCCCAAGCUGUCGCUAGGCAACGGCAAAGGCUGUUCCAAAUCAGGGAACGGACCCCUGUGCCCAGACAACAGCGUCAAUGUCUACAACCGGGGCAGCGGGAUUGGCCAGGGGAAGCCCCAGCUCCACCACAGCCGGGUACGGAAAGAGGACCGCGCCAACGGCCUGAUGGCCACCGCGGCACACUCUCAUCGGGACGGUGGCUCCAGCAGCAGCCCGACGCUACCCGUCAAGCCUACGGGCAAACCGCUGGCACUGCACGCAGCCCUGCACGGCCACUUGUCCAGCGGAAAGGGGAAGGGUAAGGGGGACCAGGAGAGGAGCCGAGCGUCAGCGGCAUCAGCGCCAAAGUCCAACGGCUUCAUGGAGAAGCCCAGUACGGUGGCCCAGAGGGACACGUCCUGUCAAACGCCCAGUGAGCAGGACGCUCAGGACGAGGGGGGUGCAGGGAAGGGGGGUAAAGGGGGUGCGCAGGGGGCCUUCCACAAAUCCACCAUGGAGCACUUCAGCAGGUCCUUCAAGGAGGCCACCGUCAGCCUGGUGCGGACGACCGAGGACCUAAGGGGCUCGGACAAGGCCUCCCGCAAGGGCUCGUCGUCGUCCGCGGGGAAAGAGCGGCUCUGGGCCAAGCCAGCAGGGGAGAGGCGGGCGGAGAGCGACGGCUACUGCCCAGACCUGGAACUGAGCGACUCUGAGUCAGAGGCCAAAGGCAAGCAGCGGCAGCGCUCGGGCAGGCCGCAGGCGGGCAGCAGCCCCGCACGGGGGGACUCGGGUAAGGGCGGCGACGGCCGCCGGGGGAAAGUGUCUCUAGGGUCCAGAACCUCAAAAGUACAAAGGUGACGACUCGAUCUCAUCGCGCUACGCCUCACGAGCACUACUCAACUUGAGCUUCUCCCCGACUUUCACUGCCCCUUUCAAAAAAAAAAAAACAUUCUGGGAUUUCCAUGCCAAUGCAGGUGUCCACAAGUGCCAGGUUUGUUCCCUCUGAUUGUGAGUUCCUGGAUAGAGCCAAGCCCUUUUGCCAUGAAGGAUCAGUGUUUGCUCUGGAAAGCUAACCUGCUUCAGUUAGCAAUGCUAGCCGUGAAGUGUAAACAUGGGCACCGGUGAACAGUUAGUUCUAAGUGGCAUUCUGACACAUGGUCCUUGGCUGGGACUGACAACAACCAAUUUUGUCUGGCUGUGCAUUGCCUUUGUGUUUUGCAAACAGGGUUUUUAUUUUCUUGUCAUGAAUAGUUCCACCAGUAUCAACCAAGUACGUAACAUUAGAUGGGCCUCAAGUUUCUGUUGUAUAUGUUGAUGAAAAAAACUUUGUUUUUUUAUGAAAAAAACUUUGUUUUUUUAUGCUGUAAAUAGUCACUUAUGUCAGACGAAGCAUGUUUUACCAUGUUUCAUGAAUAAACAGUGACAUGGUCUCUCUGACAUUAUGCAAAAAAAAAAUAAAGCCAGUUUUGUGUUUGUUUGGAAGAGGGAACAAGGUGACACAACUUCUGGGUCACUAAAUAUUGUCAAAAGUUGGCAAUCGCAUCCCUUCCGUCUUUCUCUCUCAACUGUCUACUGAAACUGCAUUAGCAUGCUUGCUGUCCUGUUGCUUCCUUUUUCUCAAAAAGGAAACCUUAAUCUUUGGAAAGUCUGAAACAUUUAAAUAGUGGUUCUUCCAUGUGUGUGUUAACGGAAUUGGAAGAGAUCCUAUGUAUGCCGUAUCUCGUUGAGAUGAUUAGCUUCACAUUCGUCUGAGCUGUUUUUUUUAAAUGUGUUUGGAUGAUUAUGGAAUCCACAGUUAGUGCUGUUGGUAUCAGUUGCAAUGCAAUUGUGUAAGCAAUAGAGACAGUAUCAGGUUAAAAUGGUUUAAGAUAAGUUUUUUUUACAAUGGAGGUCAGUUGUUGAAGUUCUAUUUAGGCUACAGUGGCACUGCAUGUUGUAGCCAUUCUGUAUUGAAUUCAACUGUGAUUCUGACUUGAGUUUCAGGGUGCUCAUUUUUUUUACCUCUGUGAAGUACAUUGGAGUAUAUAUGAGCCACAAGGGGGCGGUGUGGAGUUGACUGACUUUGACUAUCACAGACCACAGGUCAGUGAGCCGCCAGGUGGGGGCGCCAGAUAUCGACUAAAAGCCUUAGAAACAGUAUAUUUUUUCUUCUCAAGAUCAUGCCAAAAACACCUGUAUUGAGUGUAUUUGUCAUAAUGCCAGCAAUUGAGAUUUUUGGAGAUGCCCCUUUUAGAGGCUAUAUUGCCUAAAAUGCUGCUGUUUAACACCAUUGUUUACAUCAGAUGUGACCCAUCUUCACUCCUUACUCAUACUGUACUGUAACACUUCCUCCACAUUUCUCCUCACUGCUCAUAGUACUUAAGGUUCAUCAUGAUUUAAGGGCUGUUGAGGGCCUGAAGUGGGAUCUAGUGAAACUGGGCCUGUCAGCCGGGGCAUCGCUCUUUUUAAAAGAUGGUCCUGCCCCAGGCUACGCUGUCUCUUGCUGUGAAUUUAACCCCAGUGGUUCCCUAAUGGCCUGUCACGGCACUUGCAGAGUUGCAGUAUCUGUCUGCCAGCUUGGCUGGUCGACCAGUGAGAGAGAUCCACCCCCACGCCCACCCAUUUUAGUGGAAGAGACUCGGCACAAUAUAGUUCUCCUUUUGACCAUGUACUGUAGUUUCUCGUGACCCCCUCACAACAUAUAAAGCUAGCAUCCUCCUUUUCACACCUUUAAGUUUCAGUUCAAGGUCAUUGGUUAAACCCAGGGACUGAAAAAGCAAAUGCGUUUGUGGUGAGACAUCCACUCAAAGAAAACAAAUAAAAAUGUAGUUUCAGAAUCAGCUCCCUGUUCUGGUAGCUCAGAGAAAUGACCGCAUGGAGGACCAAGGCUGGUUUUAUUGCACCUGUUUGUGCAGCACAUUCCUCUAUGUUGAGUGAAGGAGACAUGGCCAAGUAUGUGUAUGUGUGACUGUUUGCAUCCCAUUUGCUUUUUUAAUGUGUGUGCGCUAUGUGAACUUCCAGAGUGAGCUUCCGUGUCGCUGGGAUCAGGCAGUGUAGUGCUGUCUGGCAGCAGAUUAAAAAAAAAACACUGUAUGGAUGUGUGCAUGGAUGUAAGCUUGAAAAAAUACAAAACAAAAACAAAAAUGCAAAACAAAAAUAAAACAGUGCUUUCCUGUAGAGCUGAGAACUUCAUAGGACUUGAUAUUUUACACUAAAAUGAUGAAAUGCAAAAGGUGGAUAUCCACACUUUUUUUUUUCAUUUUCUUUUCUUCUCAAAGAACCAUUUUUUCAAUAAACUUGAAAAUAAAUUCUC